AUGGCCGCCCAAGACAGAAACCUCAACGCCCUCUUUCUCCCAUACUUCAUCACUAGCCACAUGACUCCACUCGUAGACACGGCCGUGCUAUUCGCCGCCCGCCCAGGCGUCGCGGUCACCAUCCUCACCACCCCAUCCAACGCCCUCACGUUCCAACCCCCCGUCGACCGCGCCGCCUCCGCCGGCCACCGAAUCACAUUCCACACCAUAAAAUUCCCCGCGGCCGAAGUGGGCUUACCCGAAGGCAUCGAGAACUACGGCUCCGUCGCUUCCAGAGACAUGAUACCGAAAGUCACCCGCGCCAUUUCCCUCCUCCGAGAACCGAUGGCGCAAGCGAUUCGCGACCUUCGCCCCGACUGCAUCGUGUCCGACGUGAUGGACCCGUGGACUGUCGAUAUAGCCGAGGAGUUAAACAUCCCGAGACUUAUUUUAUCUACCACCAAUUGCUUCUACUACUGUGUUUACCAUCAUUUGAUGAUUCACAAGCCUUACGAGAAGGUCAGGUCCGACUCGGAGAGUUUCGUGGUUCCCGGGCUACCUGAUGCGAUCGAGAUGACCAGUGCUCAACUAGAGGACUAUUUGAAGACCCCGGAAGAGUGCGGGAGCAGCGGAGAGUUGAUAAAGGUGAUCAAAGACGCGGAGACUCGGAGCUAUGGAAUGGUUUUCACCAGCUACUCCGAGAUCGAACCGGAGUACGUUCGGCACUACAGGAACGUCAUGGGAAGGAAGAGCUGGCACGUUGGCCUCCCAUCCCUGUUACUCGGGAAAGAUAACGAAACGGAUACGGAGCGACACAGGUGCUUGAACUGGCUCGACGAUCAGGAACCCGGUUCGGUUCUGUACGUUUCUUUUGGGAGCGUGGUACGGUUUCCCGACACCCAAUUCACCGAGAUCGCGUUGGCGCUCGAAGAAUCGGGGCACCCGUUUGUCUGGGUGGUGAGGAAGAUUGGGAAGACAGGCGAGAAGGAAGACGAAGACUGGUUGCCGGAAGGGUUCCGAGAGAGAGUACUGGAAAGUGACAAGGGACUGAUGAUGAGAGAAUGGGCACCGCAGAUUUCGAUCCUAGCCCACCCCGCAAUUGGAGGGUUCGUGACACAUUGCGGUUGGAACUCGGCGAUGGAGGGGAUGGCAGCAGGCGUGCCGUUGAUCACGUGGCCCCUGUUUGCGGAGCAGUUUUACAAUGAGAAGCUGAUCACGCGGGUCUUGAAGGUUGGUGUGGAAGUCGGGUCGGGUGUGUGGAACGGGAGCCUGGACAUUCGAAGUCCGGUUGUGGGGAAAGAUAAGAUAGUGAAGGCUUUGAGUCAUUUGAUGGAUAGGUCGGAGGAGGCAGAGGAGAUCCGGCGGCGGGCGAAGGAGGUUAGUGUGAUGAUGAAGAAGUCUGUGGAAGAGGGUGGAUCCUGUUCCUCUGAUUUGAAUAGUUUGAUUAAGGAAAUCAAUGCUUAUGUUCUUCAUGACUAA